AUUGACGGCUCGCAUGUACGCGCCUUGGAGUUGCAAAAGUGUCCCACCCUCCGAAACCACCAACGCACUGGCGCAAAAAGCACCGGCAUGCCCACAUUGCUAUCUGCAUCGCAAAGCUGGUGGCAGAGGCAGUGGCAAGGGCGCUUGAAGUUGGAGGCCCUUCACAAGAGCACCACGGAGUCUCCAAUAUGGACAUUGUGUCGCAAUUGCAGGACCAGGUCGACCACAUUGCGAGCCUCCUCUUCAACCACGUGGGGACUCUACAAAGAGAUGCCCCGCCUGCGUCUUUGGAUAAAAGAGCGGCGAAGAAAGAGGGUGCGCCCCAUCCUGAGCCGCUGGCCGCAGCGGUGGUGCAAGCGGCACGAGUGCUUGACGAGCUCAUAGCGGCAUGUCCUGCAACUGCUCAAGGAGAGGAGGCGCAAUUGGCUCGCAUUGAAGAGCUGCAGAACGAGAGCGAUAGGCUGGGGGAAGAAAUCCGUGAGGAGCUUGAAGGGGCAGAAGCUGACCAAGAGAUCGUAGACGCAAUGUUCUUAUCUCUUGCGGAUAGUUGUCUUCCAAUGGCCAAAAAACCUAAUGGAGCAACAGAAACGAGGGUCGUAGAUGCGAGUAAACAGAUAGACACGCACAUGAGUAUGGAUGAAGACUUUCCACCGUGAGAGUUUGCAAUACGGGACAGUGCUUAGUAUAUCAAAGUUGCAUAGAAGAUUCCAAAGUACAUAUCAAGAUCCGGUAUAUGUAUCUAGUAAAUACUAAGACGUGACACGAAUUGCAUCAUGUGGCC